GGAGGAAGUUAAAUUUUACUAUGACAUUAGCAGACAAAUAAGUGAAGCGCUACGGAAUCUCUUAGCAAAGUAAAUCCUCGCAGGCUCCCAGCUACUGCAGUUCAUAUGCGGCUCCUCUGCCAAAAGAUGCAGUAGGAUCGAAGCCUGUCCCUGCCAUCGUGCCUCAAUACUCGAAUUAUCUUCGAGUUCCAACAAACAAUUCUCUGUAUCCUUGCCGUACGGUUCCUUACCUUACCACUCACAUUUCGGCGUGCAUGGGACAGCAGCGCUUUGAUGAUCUAGAGCGAGCACUGCACCGCACGCAACGGGAACAGCUGGAGCAUGGCUGGCAAUAAUACGGGGGGGAAGGCCCAUCACCACAAAAGAUUCUCCUCACUCCCACUUUCCGAGUCUCUUCCCAAAGGCAUCACCACAGCGCACGGCUCUUUGUCGCCGGACCCCCAAACUCUGUUCUUCGACUCGAAAGCCAGCAGCGAGGACGAUGAGAGGCUCUCUCCCAUAUCCAUAUCUCCACCGGAGCACGGCCAUGGCCAACAUACUCGAAACAAGUCUGCAAGCAGCGCACAGUUGACAACGACAUCCACUGGCCCUUCUGCUGCUCGAGAAGACCACAAUUAUGCCCCUCGAAUGAACCGCCAGUCCACCUUUCCCUCGACACAGUCAGAAGUGCUGGUGCGUUCCCCGCAAGGGCCAGUAAACGACGCGCCCUCCAGUGUGAGCGCAACCCCGAAACAGGCCCAUCCUCGCGCAAACAGAGCUGGCAAAAAUAAUAAUGGAUCGUAUCCGCCGUUAUCCAUGAUCACGCAGAAUCGCGGCCAUUUCUUCGAACAGCAGCAGCCGGUGGAAGUCGACCUGACCAGCUCGACGACUGACUGGGUGACGCAGCAGCAGAAGCAACAAUCAAUGACGGCGCUUCAGGACUCGGCUGAACAUCAGCAGCAGGGACAGGGCGGUCAGGUCCAGGUCCUCGCUGGCGGCGACGACGAGCAACAGCCUCGCGAAUCACAUUCUCGAGAACCACGACUCUCCCUUUCGCGCUCUCAAACAGAGCCUGCGUCAGGACCAGGACGACCAUUAAUUAAACCCAUCCGGGGCUUCAAGCUCUCUUCCCAACGCAAAAGCACCGAGAUGGCCUCACGACGGACAUCGUACAACGACCAAGACGCUACCUUGCGAGCACUCGAGGGGCGCGACGACAACACGUACCAUGCCCCGUCGCAAUCAGAGCAGCAGGACGAGAACAACAGCGAUGAGAGCAGCGAUCUGUUCCUGCGCGCUGCGCGCGAGGAGGAAUUACAGGCAAAGAGCAUCUUGAAUAAUACUAAUGGCGAGGGGCCCGCCAGGGCGAAUAGCCUCAGAUCGAGAGCCCCCUCCGGAUCGUCCUUCCAACAAUUCCCCGAGUCUCGUUUUGGGCAACGCGCAUCUCUCCCUCCUCCCUCCAGUUCGUCGACUUCAUAUCACCCCUCAGUAUCUCGUCGUCGCGGCUCCGACAAUGACAGUUCUGUCAAUGGUACACGACCCAUGGACGAACAAGACAGCAUCGCACAGGCUUUGACCUACCGACCAGGGGGCAGGGAUCGCCCUGCGGCGUUAGAGGAUUUGAAUAGGAGCAGAUAUAACGUGGUCAACUCUCGCUCGAGUCCUACAACACCAAGGGGCACAGGAGGCAGAGAGAUCUCUCCUGAACAGCCUUCCCACAACGGUCGUCGUCCUUCAAUACCAGAAGCCAAUCUGCCACAGCGGACGUCUUAUCGGCAAUCGAAUCUAUCAUAUACGACACCUCGAACAUACAACUCAUCUCCGCUAGUCUCCCGCACGACGGAUAUGCAUGAGGUUCCUGAGACACCUCGUGCAGCGGAAGGUACGGAAUCAACGGUUUCUACAACAGCGCCAUCGACGGUUUGGGACGAACUGGAAGAUUUAAAAUCACGCAUACAUCGCUUAGAGUUGACUGGAAAGCUACCACCUACAUCUGGCGCCGCAAUGUCGAGAGCAUCCCACGACCGUCCUCCAACAGCUACAACCACCGUCACUACAAUGUCUUCCUCACCAAAGCAGCGUGGCCGUGGUAACAGCGUAUCACCAGUCGAAGCUUCCGCCGAGCCUACCCCUCCAGAAACCCAUCCACUUCUACAUUCUGCGUUGGCAAAGUCAAAGUCCUUACUCAACCCUGAGCUUUAUCGAGCGCUGGAGGCUACAGCAUCCGAUGCUCUUGCUAUCUCAUCAAUGAUGGGGAUAUCUGGACAGCCAGGGCCAAUAUCAAGCGCUCAAUCAACCGUCGGGGGGACUUCGUCUGUAUCUGAUCGACAGGUCCGACGAAAAGCCGAUAGCAUGUGUCGAAGCUUGACAGAACUUUGUCUUGCUCUUUCUGAAGGGAAGAACGAGAUUGCGCCGCCUGUCGUAGCUCAACCGGUAUCACGACCUGCUAGCCGCGAUAUUGAGCUCCCCAGCAUAGAAACGAACAAUACUCAGCGUCAGCUCGUUUCCACGGAUCUGAAUCGGGUCAAGUCCAGCCCAAGAGCCUUGAGUCGGUUGGAGGCUCGUCGAAGCAGUCUCCUAGCUACCAGUGCCUUGCCAAGUCCUCGCUAUGCUCCAUCAGAAGUCGGAACUCCCACGCAGUCUACAAUGGCAGGGCGCCGUACUUCCUUACUUCUCAGAAGUCGACGUGGAGGUACCGAAGAACCUGACGAGGACGAUGACACCAGAUUCCGUGCGCCAUCCAGAGCAACAACCGAAAUCGGCCGCUUCAGAAACUCUCCACGAGAGUACACAUCACAGCAACCACUUCCGGAAAGAAGUUCGUCGAUUCAGUCUGUUCAGUCGUCGCUCCCAGUUCGGAGACAUUACCAGUCGACAAGCUUGACAAACAGCAUCCCAGCUCCCACGCCUCCAGUAUCCAGUCUUGGUGGCAGGAGAUUCUUAGACCGAUCUACACCUGAGCGGGACACGAACAGCCUCGUAGGACGGUUAGCUGAAGAUCGCGGACAGCGAAAAUCCUCCUUCGGCCUAGGCAACCUCCAGAUCGGACGAACAACGAGCCUGAACCGGAGGUCGUUGCAGCCAAAUGUGAAUGAUCUGGAUCCUGGUCAGCAGAGACACUACCAAUGAUCUCGAAGAAAGAAAAUGAUACCCUUAUUGUACUGAUAUAUUUGUAUGGAGUCAUGGAAAGGAGAGGGAUGGGAAACCAGGGUGUUUCCUGGGUUGCUUAUGCUGUUAGUCGAUGGUAUGCUGCAUUUUUCACACAUUACAUUACAUGGUCAUGUCUUGCUAGCAUUCGAGGGUGGAUGGAAGGAAGGCAAUGGAUUGAAACAGGGGCAUUUUUCGAGAUACCCGUAUGUAAGAAAGAGGAGAAGGGGAAGCUUGAAGGGAGGGCGAGACAGCAGUGCAAAAUGGGUGGGAAAGUCACGGUUACCAAUGACGGCAUGAACCCUCGAUCGAUCAACGGAUAGACUCUUUUAUGGAUGCCUUUGCUGACAGGACUCGAUACACGUGGCUAUGAUGUACAUAGAACUUGCCAUUGUGUCUUGCUGUUUUACUCUUUUACGAACCUAAAUUCCGACUCGGAUUCACGGCCAUCACGGGAACAAAAGAACACCGGAAAAGGCGAAAAAAAAAGGAAAGGAGAAAAUGUGUGGUAGAGCUUACACUGUACUCUACGCAAAUUCCACUGCUUCUGUCAUGGCCUUGCAUUUCCUUUCCAGGUCGCUGUUUAGAUAGAGAUGGCUGGGAUGAGUCUUUUGGGGUGAUGAGAAGGGCAUGACUCUGUUGAUGGGAGAAGGAAGACGAUGAUGCCAUGCACUGCGUGCGAUGCCAAGCGAUGAGAUGCGAAUGAAUGUACAACAUGGUUUUUGGGUCUGGUAUGACUUCUUGUGCGUCUUUUGCAUUUGAGAUGUGAUGUGAUGUAAUAUGAUCAGGAAGAGAUUGUUGGUGGACUGUAAGUCGUAAAGCCAAACAGCCAGUGCGGCGUUCUAAAUUUGGUGCGUCCCUAAACACGCUUUGGAAUUGUUCAGUCAUUCUUUCAUUCUCUCUCGGAGGAGAGGCAAGUCACUCAUCCCCUACUCCAGCAAUCCUAGCCCUCCAUCCCUCCAACCAAACGCCAACAGCGCACUGUAAUCAAGUCACAAAAUUCGAAAUGUCAUCCUCCGCCUUCAUGGGCCACUCCCCACCGCCAAUCACAAACCUCUCCAUCUCCCUCGUCCUCUCCCUCGCAUUCGGAUGCCUCGUCGGCUUCACAGGCGGCGGUAAUUCCUCCCAGUCACGCCCCUCCCCAUCCGUUCUGUAGAUCGGCCAGAACAUCCAGAUUGCUCCGUUUGGGAGCGGGGCUUUGAUCACGCCUGCGAAUUGGAAUUUCUGUAGCUGAGUUCCGAGGGUGUCGCGCAGGUGGGAGAGGAAGGUCUUCCAGUCGUAGGUGGGGUCGUCGGUGGUGAUGGAGGGGUGCAGCUCGAUGGACGUGAGGUUGAGUUGCUGGAGGGAAGGGGUGUAGGUGCUGAGGAGGGUGAGGAAGGGGGUGGGGGAGAGGAUGAUGCCGGUGAGGGAGAGGGAGUGGAGGGUGAGUGAUGGGGUUGAGGAGGUGAGGAGGCUGGUGGGCAGGCGAUCGAUGGACUCGUAUCUUAUUGAGAGAGAUUGGAGGGUUGGGGGGAGGGAGAUGAGGCUUGAGAUGAGGGGGUCGUGAUAGUUGUGUGAUUUCUUGUUCAAGGCGAUUGUGAGGACGAAGAAAUUGCUCUGAAGAUCAUUGAUGACAAUGUCUAGAGAUCGAAGCGCGGGAGUGUGGUGAGAGAAGUCCCAGGGGACGAGAUUGGUGUUAUUUUCACCGGAAAAGUAAUUUGAGUUGAACUGUUCGUGCUGGAAAUGCAUGAUAUCCAGUCCAGCUUUUUUUGCAGCGGCGAAGAUAUUGAGGAGUCUGAGAGGUCCAGCUUUGAAUGAAGGAUGCCGAUAUGUUUCCAAAUCGUACUCCUCCCAAACUUUGCGUAACAUUGGAUGCUUGAAAGGGUUCGGGCAUGUGAUUUGCAGUUUCUGGAGGCGCGGCACUUGUUUGAGUGCUUGAGUGAGAAGUGCAACACUCUCGCCUUGACGUUCGUCGAGUUUCCUCUGCUCAAUCAGAGCAUCGAGUUCAUCGAGAGCUUCAGAUUCAUCCUGAUCCGGUACGAAAUCAAGUACUUCAUAGUUGCUCAGAUGCACAUGACGAGAACAGACGAUUGAGCGUAGGCAGAUAACGUCCCAGUCAUUGCUCCAGAUGCUAAGAGUGCGAAUGGUUUUCGCAGCUUGGCGAGCAACGCCUGGGCAGCUGCCAAUUCUAAUCAGACAGGAGAUAUCGAUUGCAGAGGACUUUAUAGUGAAAGUUGGGAGGAAGAGUAGCUCCAUUCCAACAGCUGCCCAGGAGUGCGAUACCAGCCGAAGCGAUUUGAUGGUUGGAAGGUCGACAUGGUCACAGAUCAGUCGUUUGACCUCAAACGGGAGUACAAUCUGAGCCAUGGAGCUGAAGACCCGGUGGUUUAGCUUUCAUU